CACUCACUCACUCUACGAGCCUGACUUUACAAUCUUCGCAUUUAUAUAUACUCAACUAAUAGUUAUAUCUUCAAUCAGCAUCCUUUUUCAUAUUCACCAUUUAUCUCAAUAUGGGCCAGUCCAGCCAUACUUUAAAAAAACCAUGGAUCGAGACCCCACUGAUCGAAUCAGCGGCUCUCUCCAAAGUCGCAGGAUGUAGAGUCUUCCUCAAACUCGAACUCCUACAACCCUCAGGAUCAUUCAAAUCGAGAGGCAUCGGAAACCUCAUCCGCACCGCCCUCCUAGACCCAACAAACAAAGACAAGGAUCUCCACUUCUACAGUUCCUCAGGCGGAAACGCAGGACUAGCUGCCAUCGUCGCAACCCGCGACCUAGGCUGCCCGUGUACAGUCGUCGUCCCGCACAGCACGACGCCGCUCAUGAUUAGCAAGUUGCGCGCUGCGGGCGCUGCGGGCGCUACGGAAGUUGUUCAACAUGGAGCUAAUUGGCUCGAAGCGGACACUUUCCUGCGUCAAAGCUAUAUUGAUAACGAGAGCUGCGAUGGCCGUGCAGACUCGGAGCGGAACCAGAAAAACAUCUACGUCCCCCCGUUCGAUCACCCCGAUAUCUGGACGGGCGCGGGGACGAUGGUAUCUGAAAUAGCGGCGCAGUUGCCGCCGAGAGAUGAUGAGUCUGCGGGCGCCUUCCCGGCUGAUGCAAUCAUCUGCAGUGUUGGAGGAGGGGGCCUCUUCAACGGCAUCGUCGAGGGGCUAAACACGUACCUGCAUUCUCGGGCCGGCUCCCAGAUACCUGUGAAACCCGUCCGCGUGGUAGCUGCCGAGACGCAGGGCGCCGACUCCCUUGCGUACUCGCUGCGGGCGGGGAGUUUACAGUCGCUGCAGGCGAUCACGUCGCAGGCGACUUCAUUAGGGGCUGUUUGUGUUGCGCCCAAGGUACUGGAGAGUGCGCUGUCUCCGCCGGCGGGGGUUGAGGUUGUUAGCUUUGUGGGGUCGGAUGGGGAUGCUGCAAGGGGGGUUGUUCGAUUGGCUGAUGAGAUGCGGUUGCAGGUUGAGUUGGCUUGUGGGAUCAGUGUUGAGGCUGCGGUGGCGGAGAAGUUGAAGACGAGUGUGCCGGGUUUGGGGCCGGAUGGUCGGGUGGUGGUUGUUGUUUGUGGUGGGAGUAACGUUACGGCGGAGAUGAUUGCGGAGUAUCGUCUACGACUUCAGGGUGGAUGGGAUUAGGUUGUUGG